AAGUUGUUUGGUAGCGCAGCGGCAGAGCAACGUUUGCUCGCGAGGAAAAAAAUCAGUAAUUUCGAGUUAAAAAGUGGUUCCAGCGCGAUGAUUCCGGCGGCCCAGAAGCUCGUCGCGGUUCCCCAGAGCAAGAAGACGCGCACCGAUCUGAUGAGCUACACGGCCAAGGACAAGCAACUCAUGGAGCAGCAUAAUGUGGACCGCACGUCGUCCCUGUUUGCGCCGAUUAUGCUGCUGGAGGGUCACGGCGGGGAGAUCUUUUCCACCGAGUUCCAUCCGGAGGGUCAGCAUCUGGUUUCGACGGGAUUCGACCGGCAGAUUUACCUGUGGAACGUGUACGGUGAGCAGUGUGACAACGUCGGAAUGAUGAAUGGCCACACGGGGGCCGUGAUGGAGGUGCACUUUUCACCGGACGGCGGAAAUCUGUACACUUGCAGCACGGACAAGAUGGUGGCCGUGUGGGACGUUCCGACGUGUACGAGGAUCCGGAAGAUGAAGGGCCACGCGAACUUUGUCAACAGCUGCCAGGGUGCGCGCCGGGGACCUACGCUGAUCUGCUCCGGGUCGGACGAUUCCACGAUUAAGGUUUGGGACGCCAGGAAGAAGCACGUGAUUCACACGUUCGACAGCGAAUUCAUGGUGACGGCCGUUUGCUUCAACGACACGGCGGAGCAGAUCAUUUCCGGUGGGAUUGAUAACGAGAUCAAGAUUUGGGACAUCCGCAAGCGGGACGUGAUUUACAGAUUGCGAGGACACACGGACACGAUCACGGGGUUGGCACUUUCACCGGACGGGUCUUACGUGCUGUCCAACUCGAUGGACAACACGCUCCGGAUUUGGGACGUCCGACCGUACGCUCCGAUGGAACGUUGCGUCAAGGUUCUCACCGGUCAUCAGCACAACUUCGAGAAGAACCUGCUACGGUGCGCGUGGUCACCGGAUGGUUCGAGGAUCUCCGCCGGAUCUGCGGACCGCUUUGUCUACGUGUGGGACACAACCUCCCGCCGGAUCAUGUACAAACUGCCGGGCCACAACGGCAGCGUCAACGACGUGGACUUCCAUCCAACGGAACCGGUCAUCGUUUCGGGUUCCAGCGACAAGACCCUCUACCUGGGAGAACUGGACGGAUAAGAACAACAAAAUUUCGCCUCUAAUCUUUCUUUAUUUGUGAAUUUAACUCUAAUUGAAUAAGAGGACAUGCUAGCGAAUAA